CACAAAUGCACAGCCGGUGUGUUUAUGCUGUUGCUCUUGGUGCAUAAGCGUUCCCGCGAUCAGAAACGCCAAACAUUUGUGUGCAUUAAUUGUUCAGUGCCUGGAUAUUCAUUAAAAUUAUCGAUAUAAAUGUACUGUUGACUGUUUUAUUAAACAACAAUUAAUGAAAUAUUUAAAUUGAAAUAAAUAUAAGAAGUACCAGUGUGUUUAUACCAGUGACACUUUUUUAACGGUCGCUCCACAAAUGUUGAUGCGUGGGUAAAUUUUGGCGCUUUAUUUUGACCUAAUUUUAAUGAAUAUUCAAUCAAUUAACCGAUAAAUAAUUGUUUUUAUCAUAAUAUUAACAUCAAAAAAGACUAUUUGAUAAUCAUUUAAAUUAUUUUUGUUAGGUAACUAAUGUUAAAUACGAAAUAAAUACAAGUGACUGGGUGGCGAAUUCGCUGCUACUAGCUCGAUGCAAUAGCUGCAUUAUUGAUUGGUUUUAAGUGAUAAAACUUUGCACAAAGCAUUGUUAUGUAUUUUUAACUAUUGUGAGAGGAUUUUAUUAACAAAAUAAAAUUAUAUUUAUAUAUAUUUUCGAGGUUAUGUUAAGUGUACAGAGGGCGUGCCAGUGCCGGAUUACAUACAAGGUGAUCCAGAGAGUCUUGAUUAAUAAGUUGGAAAAAAAAUUUUAAUAUUGAAUAGAAAAAAAAAAAGUUGGAAUUGAUCACGGACUAUCUCGGGCAUUAUGGCGAUUCUGUGAGCCCAAGCCUCGCAUACCCAUUUAUUAUUUAUGUUGUGCUGCUAAUUAUUUAUAAUAUUAUUUAUAAUUGGGUGCCGGUAUUGUCUGUUAGAAGUAUUGUCUUAAGUUUGAAUUAAUAAAAUAAUUAUUUAAUACCAUAUAUACGAGUAUCACACGUCAGCAAAUGAACACCAAGAUGCCACAAGCUAGUUUUCAAGAAAAAAAUUCCUUUCAAUCUUAUCCACUCAGCUCCAAGUCCCAGACACUGAAACGCAAACGGAAAAAUACGGAACCUUCAGAAGACGCUGAAAAUAUUUACCCACCAACAAAACAGCAACUAACAGUAUCACCAAGCACUUGUCUCGAGACGUGCAAUGAUGUAUACACAAUUGAGGAAGUGAAAACACCUCAGCAUCAAAUAUCUCAAGAAACAGAGCGAAGAGAGCCAUCAACAUGGUCAGAGCUUCGCACAUCCACGUGUUUUAUGACUCCAUCGACCUCGACCGCCGGAAAGCACAAUCCGCUGCCGACAUUUCCUUGGGCCGAUGGUACACAAGUGUGGUCAAUGCUCUGCUUAGGGGAUCAAAAAGCAUUGACCCAGAGAGAUCCACAAAUGUUUGAGAGGCAUCCGACGCUGGAGCCACGGAUGCGAGCCAUUUUACUCGAUUGGCUGAUUGAAGUUUGUGAAGUUUACAAACUACAUAGAGAGACUUAUUAUCUUGGCAUGGAUUACGUCGACAGAUAUCUUUCGACACAUCAAAAUAUACCAAAAAGCCAAUUACAGCUUAUUGGUAUCACGUGCUUAUUUAUAGCAGCAAAGGUAGAAGAAAUAUAUCCGCCUAAAAUCGCAGAGUUUGCAUAUGUAACAGAUGGAGCUUGUGCUGAAGAUGAAAUCCUUAGAAAAGAGUUGGUUAUUUUAAAAGGACUCGGAUGGAAUUUAUCUCCAGUUACACCAACAGGCUGGUUAAAUGUUUACAUGCAACUAGAGUCUGGUGAUUGGGAGCGACCAAAUGCAUUCAUUUACCCUCAGUACAGUGGUCUUCAAUAUUCUCAAGCGGCGCAACUUUUAGAUCUUUCGACACUUGAUGGAGGGAGCCUUAAAUUUCCGUACAGUCACAUGGCUGCUGCGGCUGUUUAUUACACGCUGGGAAGAGAGUGUGCAUUGAGAGUAUCAAGACUUACCUGGGAACAGUUGAGCCCGUGUGUUAAAUGGAUGGCACCAUUUGCGUCUACUGUCGCUGAGGAAGGCUCGCAAUUGUUAUUACGGUCAGUUGUUGUUCCGCCUGUUGAAACACAUGCUGGAUCAGGAUUGAGGGCUACUGUACCUAAUAUUGUUUUGGACGAAAGUCAUAGGUUACAAACUCAUGUUGUUGACUUGAGUAUGCUAGAAAAAGCACAACAAUUGUACGAAAGCAAUGAAUUAUCUCUGGUUGAAAGUUUUGAUCAGAAUUCAAGCUUAGGAACACCCGAGAGUCCUGAUCAAAGUGGAAUUUUAACUCCACCGUCAAGUAGUCAGAAAAAUUCACCAACACCCUCACGAUUACCUCCUCAACUUGAGCCUUAUACGUAGGUUUUAAUAUAAAUAUAUAUCUUUGGAAUUAUUAA